AUGCUUCCAGUUUCCCGGCCUGAAGGACAGAUGGCGUUCAACUACAAUCCAACUACACAGUCAAUGUCGGGGACUUCGACGGGGAGAAACUCCCCAAGCGACCUAGCUGGUCCGGGGACAUCGAAGACGCCAUUCGGCUCAUCUUCCUCCAUUGGUGCGUCGCGACUGGGAGCUGGCUCCCCUUCCCAUGACUUGGGAACACGCCUGUAUCCGAAGCGUGCCCGCGAAAUCCAGGCGCAAGAAGGCCUCCCUGCCAGUAUUUGGGGUCCCCCAACCAGUGGCCACUCAACACCACUGCGUGAAAACAUUCCCGAGUCACCGAGUCAAGACAGCUUCCCCGAUCUCAUGCCAUCCACGAAUGGCUCAAUGACUGCGUCUGGUCGGAGAGCUCGAGCGGGGACCGUGCCAUCCAGAUUUCCCCCUAUGGGCACCUUGAAUGAGGUGGAAACUCAGCAGCCAUUCAUAUCACAAACCUCUCGCCCGACUCCCUCUACUAGUCCGUUCCGACCGCCGGGUGUGACGGGUAUGGACCCGGGCGCCGGCAUCGCGGCCUCGAGUGCGGCCUCGAACCCAACGAUGCUUUCGCGUCUUCGCGCUGGUUCCAUGCCCCAGCGAAACAGCCUUCUUGGUGCAGGUGGUCCUUUUGGCUCAUCCGUUUUCUCCUCGGGGUGGCCAUCAUCUGGUCGCGACAGAGCGACCACACUCACAAGCAUUCGUUCGUCAGAGGGCCCCGCUUCGCCAAGUCAAUCCUCGUUUUCUCAAGAUACUGCGGACGUGAGAACUUUGGAUUACCUGGGACUUGCUGAGACUCCUCAGCAGCCCCGGGCUAGCCUUUCGCGGCCUUCGGUGGAGCAGUUGAUUCAUCAGCAGCAGCAACAGCAGCAAGCGUCAGCUCUGCCACCUCUUCUCGCUGAACUGGCAAUGAUGAAGAGCAACAACCGAUUCCGCUCAUACUCGGUGAAUGCGAAGGAAAAGUAUGCUGAUGAUGAGGAUAUGGAAUACGAAAGCCGAUACUCCGGAGUUCCUUCCGGAACAUUGACUCCCAACGCCGCCACUGCAGCCGCUCAGCUUGCUGCUACUCAGGCCCAGAUCCAUCAACACAACUUGGCUGUGCAGGCUUUCGCCAGUCACGCCUCCGUCAACCGCCCCCGAGCACGAACUGCAGGUAUUCUUGAGGCUCCACCUCAACGAUCAUCGAUUCGCAACUACCUUGCCACGCCGUCUCGUUUGGAGAACAGCUUCACACCCUCUGAUUUACACAUUUCCGAGAGCGGCGAAUAUGAUGAUUUGGCGGAGGCUGUUCAACUUAUGCACCUAGGGACAGCCGGUGGUCAGACAGUCGGCGUUCGGGCAAUCGGGGAGACAGGAGAUGAGAAUAACCAGGAUGGACCAACCCGGGCUCUGUGGAUUGGCAGCAUUCCGGUCUCAACCACAGUCACCUCACUCGAUGCUAUCUUCGGAAUGUACGGGAAGAUCGAAUCUACCCGUGUACUGACGCACAAGAACUGUGGCUUCGUCAAUUUUGAACGCAUUGAAAGCGCUGUGCAGGCCAAGUCGCUCUUGAAUGGCAAGGAGAUCUUCCCCGGCGCGGGUCCGGUUCGCAUUGGCUACGCCAAGGUGCCCGGCACCUCUGCGACUGGCACUCCUGGCGCCAAUGGCAUUCAGUCCUCACCCACUCCGGAUCCGAACUUCAAGUCGGCCAUGGCUCCGGAAGCUCUAGACCAAAGCAGUAAAUUUGGCGCUGUCCCUAAAAUUCCCGCUUUAAUCGACUUGCUACCCGAAAUGAUUCAAAUUGUGCAGGAGUUUGGCGCCAGUGAAGAAGAUGCUAGCAACAUUACGAACACUAUUCAAAGUGCUAUCAGCUUCGAGGCCUUUGAGGAUGAGAUCCCUGCGGUCGCAGAGCCCAGCCAGGCCCGUAUGUUCGACGCGCCACGGUUGCGUGACAUUCGCAAGCGUAUCGACAACGGUGCCUGCUCGAUCCAGGAGAUUGAAGAAACUGCCACUUCUAUGCUCCCUGAAGUCGCUGAGCUUUCGUCAGACUACCUUGGAAACACUGUGGUCCAGAAGUUGUUCGAAUUCUGUUCCGAAGGUACUAAGGAGGAGAUGCUCGCUCGGAUUGCUCCUCACCUUGCCGAGAUUGGUGUGCACAAGAACGGAACUUGGGCCGCGCAGAAAAUCAUCGAUGUCGCCAAGAGCCCGACUCAGAUGAACAUGAUCGUCGAGGCUCUGCGCCCCUACACCGUGCCCCUCUUCCUCGACCAGUAUGGAAAUUAUGUGUUGCAGUGCUGCCUGCGAUUUGGUGCCCCCUAUAAUGACUUCAUUUUCGAGACCAUGUUGAGUCGUAUGUGGGAGGUUGCCCAGGGCCGAUUCGGUGCGCGCGCCAUGCGGGCUUGCUUGGAGAGCCACCACGCAACCAAGGAUCAACAGCGAGCCCUCGCAGCUGCCAUUGCCCUUCACAGCGUUCAGCUUGCCACCAACGCCAACGGGGCCCUACUCCUCACCUGGUUUUUGGAUACUUGCACAUUCCCUCACCGGCGGACCGUCCUCGCUCCUCGACUUGUGCCUCAUCUGGUCCAUCUGUGCACCCACAAGGUUGCAUACCUUACUGUCCUCAAGGUCAUCAAUCAGCGAAAUGAGCCCGACGCUAGAGACAUUGUGCUCAAGGCACUCUUCUUCAGCCCGGGCGAUGAGGUGUUGGAGAAGAUUCUCAGUGAUCAAUCAUCGGGAGCCACCUUGAUAUUCAAGGUCCUUACUACUCCUUUCUUUGACGAGAAGAUGCGAGCAGAAGUUGUGAAGAAUGUGGCAAAGGUUCUCACCAAACUGAAGGCUUCUCCUAGCCAAGGAUAUAAGCGUUUGAUGGAUGAAGUUGGCUUGUCAUCUCGCGGGAGUGGCCGGGAGCACCACCACGCCCGCGAGGCUCAUGGCGUCAGUCACCCUUCGCCCCCAGAGAAAGCGCAACACCGCCAGCCUCCGCGCCAUGUUAAUCCUAACUUCCCCGUCCAGCCGUCGACGGACCGUCAAUUUGGGAGUCCCUUUGGCCCGAAUAUCAUUGGUCAAGCACCGGACUCUCGUCCCAUGACUGCUGAUCAAAGCAACAUUCCCCUUGACGCUUACGGCGCGAACGGUCUCAAUGGCUUUGCGGGCCCUCUGAAUGGACUCGGGGGCAUGAACGGUUUCGACCCUAACGUUCCUUUGACUCAACAACAGCUCCAGUACCAGGCAUAUUUGGCUGCUCAAGGCCGUGGCGUGUCCCCUGCCGCUAUGUACCCGAACGUGCCUUCUUCCAACUUCGGCUACCCAACCGCCUCUCCAUCCGUUGAGAAUCUGCGCUCUCUGCAGAACCAGCAACUUCCACCGUUGUCCGUGGUUCCCAGCGCCAUGAACUCCACCAGCAUGAUGAGCCAGUCGAGCUAUUCCCCUCAGCAGUACAGCCCCGUAGUCAACCCGGGCCAGAUGUAUCAAUAUCCUCCCCAGUACUACGCCCAGUCUCAGCCGGUGCCAGGCCAGAGCAAUGGAAGCCGACGUGGACGACGUUAA